AUGGGACCACCAGGAUCAAAUAUAAAUUAUUCAAAUAAAAGCAAUUCAACCUGUUAUAUUACUGAAAAAAUGUAUCUAUUGCUGUAACUAUACCUACAAAAUAAUAGUUGGAAUCCAAGUUUAGAAUUACUGCAGUGUUACACAGAGUUAAAGGAAACAUCUGUUUUACCAAGUGCUUCUUAUUUACAAACGUUAGUCAGUAAGAUAAGUUUGAACGAUCAAGGUAGGUUAAUACUUAGAGAAAAUGGCAAAUUAAUAAUUCCUUAUGAAUAAUUUGCAAAUGCAAUAAUGAUGAAGCAUUUGCAUGGUCCUCGUGGAAUACAUUUAAGUCUUGAGAAUACGAUUAAAGCAGUUAUGGACAAUUUUACAGUUGGAAAAGAGUCUUUUGGGAUGGAAAAAGAAUUUAUUAUUGAAAUAGUUCAAAACUGUCAAAAUCCUGACUGUCGAUAUAAUAAAAUUCAAUUUGAAUUAUCUCAAAAAGCAGCUAGUAUGGGAUUGAUUUAUACUCAAAAAUGUGAAAUUGAUUCAAAUUUAUUUCAUAAUUCAGAUUUGCAAAUGAUAUUAAAUACACCAAUUUCAUCACGUAUUCAAAAAUCGUUAUCUGAUUCAUCUGAAACUAGGAAUACUAAUAAUUUGCUGUUAAACAAUCAAUCUUCUAAUAUAAAAAAUGUUAAUACAAAACUUUUCGAUUCUUCAUUAAUAGUUUUACCAUCUUCUGAAUCAUAUAGAUUAACAGACUUUUUACGCAUUAAUUCAGAAAGUUAUGAAAACCUGGUCAAGGUUAAAAAUUUAGAAAUUUCAGGAAAAGAAUUAUUAUCAAUACAUAAUGGAGUUUGGUCAAUAGAUACGGAAAUUAAAAGCUUGAAUUCUACCACAAUAUGUGACGGGCAAGAAAAAAUUAUUAGAUCUUUUACUGAAAUUAUGAAAAAUAUGACACGAAUGAAAUCUUGUAUCAGACCAGCGAUGUGUAAACCUUAUGGAAAGCAGUCAGACACUCUUCAAAAAAAAUUGGUAGAUACAAUUCAACUUAUACAGUCCUUACGAAGGAUUUUACCGUCACCACAUAUUUCUAUAUUAAGCUGGAAAAAUAAAGAUAAAUAUAGACUAGAAUCUACUUAUUUACCAAUACUAUAA